AUGGGGAGCCCUGAGCUACAGGAUGUAAAAAGAGCUCUGCUGAACUGGAGCAAUAUCUUCGUGGUCGCUCUUUGGAUUUCUCAGGCCUGCCUGAGCGUGUCGCACAAGAGGGUCUCCAUCGUCAUGAAGGAGUCUCCCUUCGUGUUGACAAUCUUGCAGCCAGUCUGGAUCGCGGUUGCGUUUGGCAUCGUUUGGGCAGCCAUGUGCUUCCAGGGCCAUGCGGAAAAGGAUCUAGACGAGGAAUCGACUGAGACGGAAGACGAGGAGAGUGACAGGAGCGACAGUGCUAAUAGCGAGAAUGCCAAAAGAAAGCCUAGCUUCAGAGUCUGGCAUUCUGCAGUGACAGGUCUGCUCUUUACGACCUACAACUUCUUGGGGUAUAGUGGCGCUCGUGGUCAUCUCGUGUCAGGUCCGCUCAUCCUUUUGCUGCAGCAGACUGUGAUACCACUGACCAUGUUGUUCUCCGUAUGUUUUCUCGGCCGGCGCUACUUCACCACCCACUUCCUCAGCUGUGUAUCCAUCGUUGCUGGUAUCCUGGUGUCGUUUGUUGGCAAGGAGUGGACAGCGAAGUCGAUAGGUGCAGUCUGCUUGCUCCUGGCGCAAGCUUUUCCAGGGGCGCUGUCGACUGUGUUCAUGGAGUUCUCUUUGCAACGAUCACACGUAUCAUUCUGGAAGCUCUGGACAUUAAUCAACAUCUGGGAAGUCGUUGCUUUACCGCCUGUUUGGGUCGCCUCCGUUCCCCUUCAAGGCCUCACAUUUGCGCAGUCACCGCAGAAUCUACUGGAUGGCUUCCAGUGUCUCUUCCUUGGUCAAGGCAGCACAGCUGCAGCUGGCGCAAGUGAUGAAGAGUGCGAAACGCUGGCAUUCCUAUACCCGAUCUUCGUGGUUGCGCUCAUCGCAGUGAAGACUUUGCAGGCAGUCGUUAUUGCCAAGUUCUCGUCAGGCCUGCUGUGGGUGGUUGCAGCUGCGGCCGUGCCAUUGGCCUCACAGGCUUUCACCGUCGGUUGGGUCAUGGGCCCUGAAAAUGUACAGCCGCCUCUGUCCGCCUGGAUUUGGCUUGGAACUGUGUUGGUGGUAGCUGGCAUGGUCCUGUUCCGCGUGAAGGAGGCGGUCAAGUGA